GAGGCCCAGGAAGUGACGGCCCGGCCGGUGGUCCUUCUGGAGUCGGUGUAGUUCGCGGCGCCACCUGUGCGGCCUCCGCGUUCCUGGGCGAUGGAGAAUGGAGCGGUGUACGGCCCCACCACUGAGGAGAACCCGGGCCCUGCCAGGGGCGCCCGGAGCGGCCUGGCCGCCUACUUCUCUCUAGGCCGGCUUCGGUUGCAUCGGCGCCUGUUCAAAGUCUUGCAGCUGUUGCUGUCUCUGCUGGCCUUCGUCUGCGAGGAAGUCGUGUCACAAUGCACUUUGUGUGGAGGACUUUACUUUUUUGAAUUUGUGAGCUGCAGUGCCUUUCUCCUGAGUCUCCUCAUUCUGAUUGUGUACUGCACUCCAGUUUAUGACAGAGUCGAUGCUGUCAAAGUCAAGUCAUCGGAUUUCUAUAUUACUUUGGGCACAGGAUGUGUGUUUUUGUUGGCAUCCAUCAUUUUCGUUUCCACACAUGACAGGACCCCAGCUGAGACAGCUGCCACUGUGUUUGGAUUCCUAGCAAGUUUUAUGUUCCUGUUUGACUUUGCCAGUAUGGUCUGGGAGAAACAACAGGAGUCCCAGAUGAGAAAACCUGAGGCUACCAGGAGGACAGAGGCCACUGAACCACUUAAUGCUUAAGGACCUAGGGAAUAGGUGUUGCAUAAGGUAUCAGCUGCGUAAUGCCUGAGCCCUGGCACAAACUCUUGCAGAAUUUAUGUAAUGGUUAAACCACUUCUUUGGGGGAACAAGGGGAAGGGCAGGAAGGCACUUUUAUCAAUAUUGGACUCUGUGUCAGUCACCACAAAUUAGGCCAGAGAACUUUUUGUUUCAAAAAAAAAUUUAUUUAAAUAACAGUUAAAACUUCUGUCGAAUGAAAUGGUUUUGUUUCUGUUUCGGAGGACAGUUGUUUCUUUAAAUCACAUAGCUCAACUGAUGAUCUUUUAUUCUGUCAUUGAAAUACCCAGGCUUUACUGUAUCUCACUCAGCCUUAAAAUUAUAUUGUAAUGUUUUAGGAUAAUUAUUAUUAACUCUUUCUGAGACCUUUUCUAGCAUAAUAGAAACUGUAUGGGAGGUGUUGUUAUUUUAUACGUAUAAAAGAAACAAUAUCAGAAACCCGAUGUUUAUACUGCACUUUGUUGUUGAUAAGCGAAAAAAAAAAGAUUUUUUAUAGAAUAUAACACAGAAAAAUGGAAGAAACUCUCAUGGCUAAGGACCAAAGAUAAAAAAAGAUACACUUCUUGAACAAUACAGUGAUUAUUAAAAACAGGCUUCAACUGCUUACCACUGUCUGAAGAGAUAAGUUCAUACUGGGAGCUAGGAAUUGGUCCAUUCCCCUGUUGAUAUAUGGCUCUUCCUACCGAAGUUAAUACAGCUGUAUCAGUCUGUUCAGCGUUUUCUUUGAAGCCUACCCUCUUUUCAAAACCCCAUCUUUUGAUUUUUCAUCUAUUUGAGAUUCUCCCUUUUCUCUUUAUCCACAUGGUCCAUACACUGUUUCAUCAUCUGACAGAGAGGAGUCUCUGGCCGAUGGCGGUUGUCUUUAGGUAGUCCAAACUUUGGGGCCCUUCUAACUGCACAGAGUAUGCAGUGGGAUCUUUAGGUUUCUCGUUCCCACGUCGGGGAUUACUCUGACUUCUCUUUGGGGGAGACCUUCUUCAGGGAGUAUCUAGCAAAUCCUGCCCAGGUUAACCCUGAGGAUGGUGUAAGGGGCAGCCCAGCCAUUCCGCUUCAGACUCGUUCUGACCGUUUGCAAGAAUGGCCUCUUGCUGGCAGGCUCUCCUAGAGCCAGCCGGCCAGGGCACUUGGUCCUUUCUGAGCAAGGGGUUCACAGAGUAGAUCUUUCUUGUCCUCCUCUUAGAAUUUUGACUCAGGACUCUGGCGUGAAGGCAAUAAGCCCACGUGUCAGGUACUUCAGGACUUCGGUGGAAGUCUCCGGGGCUAGGUGGAUCCGGUGUCCUUCUGAAGGAGUGGAAUCGUGUUCCCAGUGAGACCAUUUAAUGACCCUAUCCGUUUGAAAUUUCUCAUUUGUGUGUGUGGAUGUGGCAGGUGCGGUGGUCAGAGUUCAGCAGCACGGCCUCCCACGGCUGCUGCCCUCUCUUGCUGACUCGGGACUGUAUCCAUUUGUUCCCAAGUUUGGAUGCUAGUGCCCGUGGUGCUGUCACCACUACCCGCCUAGGGGAUAAUGAACCCGAUCACGGAUGCUGUCUUACUGGGCAUACCAUCCACGAGAGGAGAAAUAGCUUGGGUCCUGGGCCCAAGAAUGAAGAGUGGUUCAAAGAUAAGUAGCGUGUAUGGUCAGCAAGUUCUGGAAUUUCACCCCCGACUGUACACUGUCAUUUUAAAUAUCAUCCAGACCCAGCUGGGCUUUCACAGCAAACCAUCCGGGCUACCUCAGGGUCCCCGCACGUGCACAGGCUUCGUUGAGUUUGAUGGGACGUGUCCCAGCUGGCCGCCUCCGCACAGCACGUCGGCAUCGAGCCGCAGCGCUGCUCGCUCUGAGGCUUGGCUUGCGUCUCUCUUAUUGGUGUAGAAGUGGGCCUCUUAGCUGCCACUUAACCUUCCCUUUGCAGAAAGAUAAUAUAUUUGCUGGUAUUUUGGGUCCCUCUGGAACUUUUCUUCAUCCUGUUUUCUAUGGGACCCAUGACUGAUUGGCCCCCCUCUUCUACUGUAGAAGGAAUUCGAGUAAAAAGACCACGUGGUGAAUAAAAAAAGGUCAAGGAAAACUUGGGACCAAAACCCCUUUGAUGUCCGAAAAAGGGCAAACUCAAUAAACUGAAAUGUCACAUAAUUUUUUAUUAACAGCCAUGUUAGAUUUGUUCUAUUUUAUACAAAUAAACUGUUUAAAAUGGUUCUUAAAGAUUUUAAGAAAAAAUGCAUACAAUGUAAGAAUUUUAUAACUGCCAUACUUAAAUUAUGUUCUGCUUGGGGACUGGGAAAUGUAUUUUUACAUUGUUUAUAGCCAAUCGCUUUUGUAUUUAUCAAUUUAAAUCCUGUGGGUCUCUUUUUCUUUUUUUUUUAUCUCUCUCAAUGUCAAAUUUUGUAGUUUUCUUUUUAAAUAAAUCCAUUUUAUUGUCUACACCUCUGUAGUUGUUUCAUUGUCACAGAAGCCUGAUGUUGAAGAUGAAAACUUUCUCCAGAGUUCUAGGAGUUGGCUGUACAAUCUUGGUUUUCCUGUGGGUGAUGGCGCGUGCCUCCCGCCAUCCCGCACGAACUGCACCCCAGUGGUCCAGAUGCUGGCACCUGAUCCCUCCCACCAUGAAGGUUCCCGUCAACCUUUUAGUUAAAAGUUCCCAUCCCUUGGCCUUUCUCUGAAUCUGUUAUCUGCGUUUACAAAACGGCGACUGUAGUUCCUGCCACUUUGAUCAGCUAAAAUUCUGCAGUGAUACUCACAUUUUUAGCGUGCAUAUUUGACGUCAGGAAAACAAGGGACUUUCUGGAGCUUGCCCCACGUACGAACUGGAAGAUGAGAAUGUGAAAGUGGACACUGUUUCAUUUAGGGCUCAGUAACGCGGGCAGUCGACUGUCAGCAGCAGGAGGAGGUUCUCAAAUCCAAGAGGUCGGAGGCCCGGAAGUGGCGGAGGUUUCACUGCGAAAGGUGCCAGUCAACGGCGCCGUGACACCUGUGGUUCCCUGCGGGCUGAGGGGCCGGAGGCUCUAGGGCGGGGCAUCUUCUCCCGCCUGAAUGGCUUCCAAGAUGUCAGUGUUCGGGCCCUCGCUCCAGUGGACGCAUGUCUGAUGACUCGGGGUGGGGGCUGCGGGAACAUCCCCAGGUUUGGAGGGACGGCCUCCGACAGCCAGUACGCGCAGCGGCCGGUCCUGGUGCGGGGCCGCUUUCGUAGUGGCGGCUACGUUUGUCCUAACGUGACCGGGAAAUAGCUCCCCGAGUCGUGACACAGCUUCCAAGAUGGUGGCGCGGAAGGCCGGACACUUGCAUUCUGUCCUCAUUUACGGUCCCGUCUGUCUCGCGUCAGCUGUGCUUGGGUGGCACGUGAUGAGGCAAGAGCAGGUUUCUCCGUGGAGCCAUUACGGAAGAGCUUGCGUCACCACCCGGCGUUCACGUGAUACUAGCCGCGUCCGAUACGCUGAUGCUCGAUCGCCGGAGAAUCCAGAGCGAUAAAAAUGUACGCUCCACACCCCUGCCCCCACCCCUAGAAAGGCGAUCUAAAAACAGUGUUAGCAACACCCGAGGCCGCAAACCAAGAGCCAGGCAUGAAGGCAGCAACACAUUCAUGCGCUUUGAUGAUGUCGGGCACUGGAAAUGGACAUGACCACGUUCUUUAAGCUUCCCUGCUCUACAGUAACGCCAGCUGCCGGUGGCCGGCAGGGGUGUUCAACUUGAAACUUUGAAGCUUUGCACGGCACCCCUGGCUCUGUGAAACCUUGCGGGAGAAGACGAUGUACCGUUUCUGCUCCCAGGAAAAGGCAUUGUUUCCAUUGCUAAUGCUUGGCAAGCUUUAUGGGUAAACGCCCUUUUUGGCUUGGCCUCUGCCUUGUACGAGCCACCCAAAGGGGUCGCAGUGUGUGCAUCCUGCGAGCAGUUUGUUGCAAAAGAGCAGGGAGCAGAGUCCAGACCGAAAAACAAACGUAACGCCCACAAAGCCACACGACUACAGCCAGUAUCUAAUAAAUUUAGAAAUAUG